AGCGCAUCGUAUAUAGUUGAUUGCUUUCCGUGCGCCCUGUUCUGCAUCUUCGCAUCAGCAUUCUUACAACAUGCGUUUUUCGACUGUCGUUAUAGGGCUCGUGUUCGGCCUCGAGGCCGCUGCCAUCCGAGUAGGGCCGUCACAGGCUGGUCAGGUAGCUGCUGAGCCUCAUUACGCGAAGUCUCGUCGCAGCCUCUACAAGCGCGACGAUGGACUCGAUCUGACCCUACUGUACCCCGAACGUAACAUAUCAGUGCCCAUUGACUUCUUCCACAACGACACUCGUUAUGAGCCCCACUCCAACGAUACUUUCAAUUUGAGGUACUGGUUCGAUGACACUUACUACGAGCCUGGCGGACCAGUGUUCGUUCUACUUGGAGGCGAGACUGACGGUGCUGGUCGUCUCCCGUUCCUGCAGAAGGGUAUCGUCCACCAAGUGAUCAAAGCCACCAAGGGCCUUGGUGUCAUUCUCGAGCACCGUUACUACGGCACCAGCUUUCCCGUUGAUGAUUUGACGACCGAAAACCUGCGCUUCUUGUCGACAGAACAAGCUCUUGCAGAAAUCGACUACUUCGCAAGAAACGUCAAAUUCGAUGGCCACGAGGACAAGGAUCUCACGGCGCCUUCGACUCCUUGGGUCGUGUACGGCGGCUCGUACGCCGGUGCACAGGCUGCUUUCUUGCGUGUCACGUACCCCGAAACCUUCUGGGGCGCCAUAUCCUCGUCAGGUGUCACGUUUGCGAUCUAUGACUUCUGGCAAUAUUUCGAGCCCAUCAGACUGUUCGGCCCUCCCGACUGCAUCAAGAACACUCAAACUCUAAUCGAUGUCGUCGACAAGCACCUCUUAGGCAACAAUACCGCCAACGUCCAGACCUUGAAGUCUGUCUUCGGCCUCGGUAAUAUCACUGACGACCGAGACUUCGCCAACCAGCUGACCGGCGUCUAUGGGUGGCAGGGCACCAACUGGGACCCAGAACUCAACUCACCCUCGUUCUACAACUACUGCCGUAAUGUCACCCAGUCUUUCGACCAAGCUGAGCCUACUACCGAGAGCCUGCGGCCCACUGUUGCCAGCUUAGUCUCAGCAGCCGGAUACGGCAACGACACACUUGUGCAAAAUAUCACUUUGAAUGCUAUCAGCUGGGUCAAUCAGACUGUUCUGCCCGGCUGGCGACAAUCGAACUACACCCAGGACCGCUACUUCACCAGUUUGAACGCGACCGCUCUGCAGCAGCACACUUCUCUCGAGGACUACGAUGCCACCAGCUGGAGCUACCAAGUCUGCACCGAAUGGGGCUACAUCCAGACCGGCAACACUCCCGCCCACAUCCAGCCUCUCAUCUCCCGUACGCUCGACCUCGAAUACUUAACCUUCUUCUGCCGUGCGCAGUUCAACAUCACCACUCCUCCCGAUAUCGAGAAGGUCAACAAGUACGGCGGCUUCAACAUCAGCUACCCUCGUCUUGCCAUCAUCGGUGGCAACGCUGACCCCUGGCGCCCCGCUACGCCGUUGUGGUACCCUGAAAGUCGCGAUGACUCGGUCGAGGAGCCGUUCCAUUUGAUCAGCCAUGGUGUACACCACUGGGAAGAGAACGGUAUUUUCGACAACGAGACGACACCUACCCUGCCACCGUACCAGGUCAUCUAUGCGCAGCAGUAUCUGAAGAACUUUGUUGUGGAUUGGUUGGAUGAGUGGAAGGGCGGGUAUCAGACGGAGCUUUAGAUCCGCGUAUUGCGCUGGAUUCUAGUAGGAAAAUUGGAUAUUGAGAGAUUGGCCUUUGAAGUAGCCCCUGAGCAUAUUCAUUGUUCACAACACUCUUGGCAAGGUGUUUGUCUGGUACGUGAUCUGCACCCGAACUUAGGUAUGCUAUGGGGCAAUACUGGACUGGAUAAGGAGCGAACCAGAGCCUAAGCGAAAAACUUCUUGUUUCCACUCAA